CUGCGUUCCUCAAAUAGCAACAGGAGCAGAGCCAAAAUGGCGGCCAUCGGAGAUCCUGCGUGACACCGAGCCUGGUCCCAGGACAGAACCCUGCGGUUCCCCAUCGGUGCCAUGGCCUCCGCUCACGGGCGGCUGGGUCAGGACCUCCAGGCCGUGCUGGAUGUGGUUCUGCGAGUCCCGAGCAUCUUUAUAAUCGACGCAAUAUUCAGCUCGAACUCAGACCUCGGUACCGGAUGGACCGGAGCCACCGGGAGAGCGUUAAUCCGCGCGCUGGGUAUUCUGGUUUGCAGUGUGGUUCUGGUGCUUUCCCAGGAGUCCCUGUUCAAGUUCUACACUCUGUUCGCAGGUGUUCUGCUGGGCAUGGUGUCGGUCCUCAUCAACUACUACAGCACGUCUCACAUCGACCUCUACAGCGCAUAUAACCGAGCGGCGCUGGGCUUGGGCCUGCUGCAGCUAAUGCUAGGACUGGGCUACGUUUCGCUGCUAAGCGUGCCAUCGCUUUGUGCCGCACUGCUGGUGCUGGACGUCAUGCUCCCGCUGUGGGGCCUGAUGCUGGAGCUCUCGGCGGACGAGCGUCAGGCGCUAGCGCUAGUGUCGGGAGCGGUUCUCGCGAUGCAUGUGGCUGUUAAUCUGAUUCUGAAGCUGAAAUGGUUCUACUUCUCGUGCCGCUACGUCUAUCUACUCCUGCGCCACAUGUACCGCAUCUUCGGCCUGCAGCUGCUGCUGGAGGACACCUGGAAGCGCAUACGCUUCCCCGACAUCCUGCGCGUCUUCUGGCUAACUCGAAUUACAGCGCAAGCAGUCAUCCUAGUGUGCGUGGUUCGCUCGGAAAGCGGCCUGCAGCUCGGCUGGGACUUAUUUUGGGACUUGACCAGAAACUUGAUCAUCGGCGGCUGUGAUUCGAUGCUCACUGUUUUGGGAAUGAGUGCCGUUAUCUCGUCGUUCGCGCAUUACUUGGGACUUAGCAUCUUAGCAUUCAUCGGCUCAACUGAGGAGGAGGAUAAGCGGCUAGGGUUUGUCGCACCAGUGCUGUUCUUCAUCCUAGCCUUGCAGACGGGACUAAGCGGACUGGAUCCUGAGGAGCGACUGAUCCGGCUUAGCCGGAAUAUGUGCCUUCUGCUAACGGCGAUUCUACAUUUCAUCCACGGCAUGACGGAUCCGGUGCUCAUGUCGCUAAGUGCCUCACAUGUUUUGUCAGUCCGCAGGCAUGUUCCCGUCCUGCUGGUGUCUGUAGUCCUCUUCACUCUCCCCGUCCUGCUUAGCUAUGUUCUGUGGCAUCACUACGUGCUAAACACGUGGCUCUUCGCCGUCACCGCGUUCUGCGUGGAGCUCUGUCUCAAAGUCCUCGUCUCGAUCACCGUCUACGCUCUGUUCAUGAUCGACGGCUUCUACAACGUGCUCUGGGAGAAGCUGGACGACUACGUCUACUACGUGCGCUCCACUGGCAACAUCGGCGAGUUCGUCUUCGGCGUGAUCAUGUUCGGAAAUGGCGCGUAUACGAUGAUGUUCGAGUCUGGAAGUAAGAUCCGCGCUUGCAUGAUGUGCCUGCACGCGUAUUUCAACAUCUACCUGCAGGCGAGGAACGGCUGGAAGACGUUUAUCAACCGUCGCACUGCUGUCAAGAAGAUCCACUCCCUCCCGGAGGUCAAAGUUGCACAGCUGAGGGAGAUUGAGGAUGUUUGCGCGAUCUGCUAUCAGGAGUUCACCACGUCUGCGCGCAUUACUCCGUGCCACCACUACUUCCAUGCUCUGUGUUUGCGCAAGUGGCUGUAUAUUCAAGACACAUGUCCCAUGUGCCACCAGCGCGUCUACAUCGAGGAUGAUGGACACGAACACACCAUAUUCUCCAACAACAACGGCUACGCCGCGCAGGGACAACAGAGGGCGGAGUUUGAGGGAGAAGUGGGUGGGGCCGCCGGAGGGGCGGAGCCUGAAAACGAGCUUCUGGGGGACAACGACAGCAUCGAGUACGACGAGGAGGAGUGGGCGAUUCAACCGGCCGCUACGCUCGUAGGGGAAGAGUACAUUAACGACGACACAGACUCCAACUGAAACUGUGCGGAUAUUCAAAUUAAAAAGAUCAGGGAUGUUAUGCUUUUGUUUUAUGUGUGUUUUUUAAGGGCUGAUCUUUUGUUUUUCCUGAAAUGCUCUUGACCAUGUUUGGUUGAACGAUAAAGAUAAAGGCUGCAAAACUACUAAUCGCCUCAAAAUAAAAGUUUAUGUUUACAUACAAUAUAUGUGUGUGUAAUGUGUAUAUUUAUUAUGUAUAUAUAAAAAUACACAUAUAUACAUUUUUAUAUAUAUAUAUAUAUAUAUACACAGUACACACACAUACAGUAUUUAAACAACUUUUAUUUUGAGGUGAUUAAUAAUCGUUUUGCAGCCCUAAUAAAGAGUGGCAUGCUACUGAAAUCAAAGUAUACCUCGAUAUGAUCACUACUGGUCUCUUAUAAUUGUGUACAUUAUUGUACAUGUAAUAAAAGAUUGAUACACUGGAGAAAGCUGAAUCAGCUGUUAAUCUCAGUUUGACUGUGAUGUAUAUUACGCUCUUCUUCAGCAUUCUUCAACUCUCCUCAGUAUCUGAUA